GCACGGGGCUGUUCCCGAAUGACAACUUCACCACAUAACGGACAAACAGUCGGCACAGACAGAAGCCGCUGCUAAAGCACAGACACUCAAGUCUUAGAUUAAAACUCGUCUUAAUCGGGCAACGUUAUGAGGUAGAAAGUUAAAAAUUGAAACAAAACCAGCUUCGGAUGGAACAGACAGGCGCUGCCACCGUGAAAAUGGACCAAGAGUUUGAAGACAUGGACUCUAAAGGCCGGUGGCAGAAGCUUUACUCAGAAAUCAGGAAUCAGUCCCACGAGUGCUCUUACAAGGUGGCAAAAUAUCCAGAAAAUCGCAACCGAAACAGAUACAGAGAUGUCAGUCCAUUCGAUCACAGUCGGGUCAAGCUGGAGAACACAGAGAACGACUACAUCAAUGCAAGUCUGGUGUUGAUGGAAGACGCCCAGAGAAGUUAUAUUUUAACACAGGGUCCCCUCAGGAACACUUGCGGCCACUUUUGGCUCAUGAUCUGGGAGCAGAAGACAAAGGCGGUCAUCAUGCUCAACAGGGUCAUAGAGAAAGGAUCAGAGAAGUGUGCCCAGUACUGGCCGACGGCGGAGGAGAGAGAGAUGGCCUUCAGGGACACGCGUUUCUUGGUCACGCUGUUGUCAGAAGACACCAAGUCUUACUACACCACCAGAGUGUUGCAGCUACAGAAUAUUAACACGGGGGAAAAGAGAGAGCUCUAUCACUUUCACUACACCACGUGGCCCGAUUUCGGUGUCCCCGAAUCCCCGGCAUCCUUCCUAAACUUCCUCUUCAAAGUGCGGGAAUCCGGAGCUUUGGGGAUGGAUCAUGGACCGUCUGUGGUGCACUGCAGUGCUGGGAUUGGACGCUCCGGGACGUUCUCAUUAGUAGACACAUGCCUCGUCCUUAUGGACAAAAGGAAAGAGCCCUUAUCAGUGGACAUCAAAAACAUCCUGUUGAAGAUGAGGAAGUACCGCAUGGGUCUGAUCCAGACUCCCGAACAGCUGCGCUUUUCCUACAUGGCUGUCCUUGAAGGAGCCAAAUUCAUCAUGGGGGACUCGUCUGUGCAGAACCGAUGGCGUGAAUUGUCUGAGGAAGAUCAGGAACCAUCCUUGGGAACUCCGCCCUCAUCUGAGCCUCAGGCCCGGUGUCCUCCAGAGCGGUACAAUGGGACCCAAAGAGGAGGUCAGCAGGAGGAGACAGAAGAUUACAGACAGGACAGCAAAGUACCAACGCAGUCUUCCUGCAAGGAACAGGAGCUGGAUGGCAGCACAACACACAAAAGACGCAGAGAAGACAGUAUCUCCAAAUCUGGCAACACCAAAACACCUCAAGGCAAGUCCAGGACAACUGACUCGGAGAGGAAGAGAAAAAGAAGCUCUUUGCGGGCCUCACACAGUAGAAACCAACGCUACCGACGUUGAUGCAUCUGGCAUAAAAUACUGGGCUGAAUACUAAUGCAAAACCAGGGUGAAAACCAGUGACUGCUAACCAGCUCUAUACCUGACUUCAGCUCCGGCAGCGAAGCCAGCCUCGGCAGGGAACUCCAGCGCUCGACCCUGCCAAACCUCUGUGCUCUUCCUCUUCGUGUUUUUUGAUGGUUUUAGUCUAGCCAAGCACCAUGUUUUCAGCAAAACUCGCCUUCAGCCAAAACCCACCUCAGGUUUUCCCCAUUUCCUCUCUGAACUGUUUACAGCAGACACUUUGACAUUCACACAGCAGCUUUAAACCCCCUCCUCAGACCUCACCUCAGCCUCUGUUAGUCCUGCUUUUUCUCUUGUUUUGCUUUUAUUGUUGCAUUCUGGCCUCUUGUAAGACAGAAAGUAGGGGGUACGCAUUGCCAAUUUGUAAUGCUGUUCAUACAUGUAUUUUUGGAGAAAAAACAUUUUUCUGAGGCAAAAACGAGAGGUUCUAUUUUUUAUUAAAAAAAUGAAAAACUACUUGAAGUUUUUAAGGUGACGUGGGGUUAGUUAUGAGUACUGCCUACACCCACAAUACAGUGGCAUGAAGAUAUUUCAAUGAUGUACAAAGUACUGUUCUUUAAAGAUGUGUAUUAAAAGAUAUUUUUUGCUUGUAAAGAGAAAUGAAGAGCUUAUGUUACAGAUCUUAAUGCUGCAGAAAACACAUGACUUGUUCUCCUUUUGAAAAUGAAUUUGUCUUAAAUUUAUUUAGAGUGUAAGCUCAAAAUAAAACUGGUAUUUAGUCUAACUACA